CUGAAGGUCAUAGUUCAUUCCAACAUGGCGGAAGCUCACGGCUAGCUAGUUAGCCAAGUAGCUGAAACACUUGGGGAGGAGGGGGAAUAGAUGUGUGGAUUGUACUCUACAUAGGAAAUGAAGUCUUCAGAUAUGUAGUAACAUAUACAUCAGAAAGAUGUUUCGUUUGAGAGGAAAUAUCAUGGGAUCAUCGUCGUCUUUACAGAAGCUGUGUGUCCUGUACCUGGGUGGGCGGAUCUCUCAACAGUUUCAACUGCCGUGGGUAAAACCUUACCUCAGACUAGGAACUGUCCGUAGAGUCACAACUGAAGUUGGAUCAACCACUCCAACUCCUCCUACUCUGAAUACCUCAGCCACCACAGACAGUAGCCCUGAGUCUAGCUCUGACCCCCCUCCUGCCAAGGCCGUUGGCCCUCCACUCGCCCCCACCCACUGUUGUAUGAGCGGUUGCCAUAACUGUGUGUGGAUUGAACACGCAGAGCAGCUCCUAGCGUACUACCGUAAUGGAGAGUUUGGGAAAGAGAGUGCCCUGGCUGCUAUUGAGGAGAACGUAUCAGAUGAGAACCUGAAAGCCUUCCUGAAGAUGGAGAUCAGGAUGAUGAUGAAGAAGAAGUAGACUGUUUUAUUUAUUGUGUCUUUGUGGCAGAGAGGGAAUGGGGACAUUGAGGGUCUUUUGACACUGUAUGCACUUUAAAACCACUCCCUCAGAUUUGAAUACUGGUAUGCAUUUUAUCCUACGUAUCUAUCAAACUGUCAUUUCACUUAAUCAUGGGCAUUUCAACUAGUUUUUGUCAUCGCAUAAUCUUGCAUAUUCUUACCUCAUCUAUAGUGUUUUACAUGAGUAAAUCAUAUAUAAUUUAUAAUUUCAUUCAUGCAUAGAUAUAGCCUAGUGCCGUAGAAGCCUACUUUGUUGAGGCAUUCAAUAAUUGUAGGCCUAAUGAUUUAAAUGUUUACAUAAUCACAAUACAUUUGAUGUUUAAUUUAUUUAUGCCCUCUGACAGUGUGUUAGUUUCUGCUAUGCUGUGACAAAUGAACCUGAAAAAUACAUUUCCCUGACACUUGAAAUAGAAUACACACAGUUAUGUUUGAUGGAUUUAAACAUUUUUAGGUAUAUGGAUUGAUUUUAUUUUCAUAUCAGUUGGUGGUGGAUGAGUUGUUUAUUAUUUACAUAUAAAUUGUAAGUGUAGGUUGAUGAUGGACAACAUUUGUUUUGAAAUAAAUCUUGUAUGACUGAA